CGCAGUCUCUAGAACAAACAGCGCCAAUGUGCUAAUCCCUCUCGUAUCCGUCUCCCCCAAUCCUCCUGACCCGAUCAAACAAAGUCGAAGCCACCUCCCAAUUUCCCCACGCCCAGCCACGCGGAUCGCCGUCCCCGUCAAAUUCGCCUCCGGCGUCCGCUCGAUCCGACGCCGCCGAGUCGCUCCUGUUGGAUCGUGUCGCCGGAGUGAUUUGGCCGCGGGAUUUGGAGGGCGCGGGUCGAGGAAGGAGAUCGAGGCGAGCCGCGAGCAGCAGCCAUGAGCGAGGUGUUCGAGGGCUACGAGAGGCAGUACUGCGAGGCAUCGGCCUCCCUCUCCCGCAAGUGCACCGCCGCCUCCGCCCUCGAUGGAGAGAAGAAGAAGCAGAAGCUGUCCGAGAUCCAGUCCGGCGUGGAGGAAGCUGAAUCGUUGAUUCGGAAGAUGGACCUGGAGGCGAGGAGCCUGCAGCCGAGCGUGAAGGCUGGUUUGCUUGCGAAGUUGAGGGAGUAUAAAUCUGACCUCAACAAUGUCAAGAGCGAGCUCAAGAGGAUAUCAGCGCCCAACGCCAGGCAGGCUACCCGGGAGGAGCUCCUUGAGGCUGGCAUGGCUGACACUCUUGCGGUGUCUACUGAUCAGAGGGGAAGAUUGAUGAUGACAACUGAAAGAUUGAAUCAGUCCACUGACAGGAUUAAAGAGAGCCGAAGAACUAUGUUGGAGACAGAAGAACUUGGUGUGUCAAUUCUUCAGGACCUUCACCAACAACGACAGUCGCUACUACAUGCUCAUACCACUUUGCAUGGCGUUGAUGAUAACAUUGGCAAGAGCAAGAAGAUCCUGGCAGCAAUGUCAAAGAGGAUGGACAGGAACAAGUGGAUCAUUGGGGGUAUCAUCACGGCUCUUGUUCUGGCCAUCCUUAUCAUACUCUACUUCAAGCUUGCUCAUUAAGCCUGCUUCCAGGUAGGUUGGCCCACAUCUCUCUGUCCAGUAAUUGUGUGUUACGAGUUGUCUGAAUGCUGUAUAUUGAGUAACACGCUGUCUCUCCAAGCAUCAUUUGUUUACCCCCAAACCUCUAAAACUUCAAGUGGCUCAUAUUAUGUACAGUGUCAGACACUCCAAUUAUGUUAACUGUCCAAAGAGUGAAAAAAGAUUACUUCUGAGUCUC